CACGGUCAACACAACCUGGCUGACCAUUAGCAAGGGAACUGUAAAGGGCCGAGCAAGUCACAUAUCGUUGUGCGCUUUUAACCGUGCAUGGUAGACAUAGUUGGAGAGGACGUGCAUAUUAAGAAUUAAUGAUACUUUGGUUCGAGUUGGGCUUUUACGCGUGCGUGGACAUUGAGGAGUGAGCAAUGACCCUCUCCAAGGAGUACGAAGCGUCCCAGCAGACUGGCUUGGAUCUGGACGAGGAUGAAGUAGACAUAGUUGGAGAGGACGAGGUUCUCCAUGACCAGCAUCUUCUUUACCGGACCGAGAACACAACAGAGACUAUAUCCGCCGAAUCCAGCGUUGAACUUGACUGCUCUGAGUUCGACUCGUGCGGGGAAAGCGAGAACAGUUUCUGUACAGACGCACCUUCAGUGGGAAGACCGCACGGCGCUGUAAAGCCACCUUACUCCUACAUCGCUCUCAUCACCAUGGCGAUACUGCAGAGUCCUCUAAAGAAACUGACUCUGAGUGGCAUCUGCGACUUCAUCAGCAACAAAUUUCCUUACUACCGGGAGAAGUUUCCGGCAUGGCAGAACUCCAUCAGGCACAACCUGUCACUUAACGACUGCUUUAUCAAGAUACCGAGGGAGCCUGGAAACCCAGGAAAAGGCAACUACUGGUCUCUUGACCCCGCAUCCGAGGACAUGUUUGACAACGGCAGUUUUCUCAGGCGUAGAAAGAGGUUUAAAAGAAACCAGCCGGAGUAUGUGAAAGAUGGACUCAUGUUUUACCCUAACUUUAGUUGUUAUCAGUUUUACGACCGACCUUACUGCGUCCGAAGCCAAGUGAGCGUACCGGCUUCCCCUGUCCGUUACAUGCCUGUUCAGGAUGGACUCGUUAUGCCACCUUACUCUUACUUACAGUAUCCCAAUCUUAGCAGCGGCGGUAAGGCACCCAAAGACUUCAGAAUGCAACUUUACGCAACCACGCAUGCGGAACAGAAACUUGCGCGUAACACACAGACCAAAUGUUCUUUUAGUAUUGACAGCAUUAUGAGUAAAUCCUGUCCUUCUAGACCACAGAAACCAAAUCAAGGAAACCCCAACCCGCGUUGUUCUACAGACUAUGGUCAUCUCCUUACGGGCCCUGGUUGUUUGGUUCCGACCUUACUUCAAGCGCCUAGGACUCCGUUUUGCCCAAACGCAAUGUUAAGGGUUGAUCCUUCAAUUACAGGCAGUGUCCCACUGUCUUACACUCGUUGUUGAACUGUUUGUUAAAUCUUUAGAAAGAAAUCUGUAUAUGUUUAAAAGUGAAACAAUGAUAAUUGUUGGUGGCA